AUGCCAUAUGGAUCGAGGCUUCCGUACGGAGGAUACGGCUAUCCCUAUGGCGGUCUGGGCUAUCCAUAUGGAGCUAUGGGGUAUCCGUACGGCGUCUUUGGUUAUCCAUAUGGUGGACUGGGAAUGAUCUACGGAUGA